AAUUGGGAAUUGAAGGGAACAGAAAGCAUUGAUGUUACUGAUGCCGUUGGAUCCAAUAUUCGAAUUGACAGCAGAGGACCUGAAGUCAUGCGUAUUCUCCCUCGUCUAAAUGAGGUGGUUUCAUAGAGAAGGGGUCUUCCGAAAAGAACUAUCCCGGAAAACUCACUUUCAGAGUCUUCAUAACAUGUGUCACCGCUGCAUUUGGAGGUCUUAUCUUUGGAUAUGACUUAGGCAUUUCAGGUGGAGUCACCUCCAUGGAUCCUUUUUUGAAGAAAUUCUUCCCUGAUGUGUACGCAAAGGAGCACAACAUUAAGCCCACUGAUAACCAAUAUUGUAAAUUUGAUAGCCAAGUGCUCACACUCUUCACUUCCUCUCUCUAUUUGGCUGCUCUUGUGGCCUCAAUAUUUGCAUCCAAGGUAACUCGAGCCUUCGGUAGGCGCCUCACCAUGAUCUCCGGCGGUGUUCUCUUUCUCGCCGGUGCAGCUUUGAACGGCUUCGCCCAGCAAGUCUGGAUGCUUAUUGUUGGCCGCAUGUUGCUAGGUUUUGGAAUCGGAUGCGCCAAUCAGUCUGUGCCGAUCUACGUAUCCGAGGUUGCUCCAUACAAAUACAGAGGAGCACUUAACAUGUUGUUUCAAUUGGCAAUCACCAUUGGCAUUUUUGUUGCCAAUAUUCUGAACUACCUUUUUGCCAAGAUGGAGAACGGCGAAGGGUGGCGCUAUAGCUUAGGUUUGGCAGGAGUCCCUGCAAUAAUGAUCAUCAUCGGUGCAAUGUUUCUUCCUGAGUCUCCAAACUCGUUGAUCGAGCGUGGACAAGCUGAGAAGGCCAAGGAGGAACUAAUCAAGAUUCGUGGAACCGAUGAUGUUGACGAGGAGUUUAAGGAUCUUGUUGCUGCCAGUGAAGCCUCCAAACAGGUCAAGCAUCCUUGGUCUUCUUUGCUCAAAAGUGAGUACAGGCCUCACCUCACCAUGGCCAUAGCCAUUCCCUUCUUCCAACAACUCACUGGCAUGAAUGUCAUCACAUUCUAUGCUCCUGUUUUGUUCAAAACUAUUGGCUUUGGUGGAACUGCUUCCCUUAUGUCUGCCAUGAUUACCGGAGGUUGUAACGCCCUUGCCACCCUUGUUUCCAUCUUUACCGUUGACAAGGUUGGCAGACGAAAGCUUUUUCUCGAAGGUGGUGCUCAAAUGUUUAUCUGUCAGCUUGUGAUCGCAGCUGCAAUAGGUAGCAAAUUUGGAACAGAUGGAAACCCUGGAGUUCUUCCCAAGUGGUUUGCCUUAACUGUUGUGGUAUUCAUAUGUAUCUACGUGGCGGGAUUUGCAUGGUCGUGGGGUCCACUAGGAUGGUUGGUACCCAGUGAAAUAUUCCCGCUUGAAGUUCGAUCGGCGGCUCAGAGCGUCAACGUUUCAGUUAAUAUGAUCUUCACCUUUGCCGUUGCCCAAGUUUUCACUGCGAUGUUGUGCCAUAUGAAGUUCGGGCUCUUCAUCUUCUUUGCAUUCUUUGUGAUUGUUAUGAGUAUCUUUAUCUACAAGUUCUUGCCAGAGACAAAGGGUGUUCCCAUUGAAGAAAUUUCUCUUGUGUGGGAGAAUCAUCCAUAUUGGAACAAAUUUGUCAAGUCCUCUGCUCAAAAGAACAAAACUGCUGCUCCAGAUUCUCAAGUUUAGGAUUCCAUAAAUAUUCUUUAAGAUCUUAUACAAAAAAAUAAAAAUAAUAAUUAAUUAAAUAGUAUGUCUUUUUUUUUUUUAAUCAAAGAUAGGAGAUUCGAACUUGUUAAUUGAGUAAUGUGGAGAUUAUGCCAUUGGAACUAUAACUAAUUGGCUAAAUAGUAUGUCUAUUAUCUAUUAUUUUUAAUUAAUCAAUUAAAUAGUAUAACUAUCUCUUAUUCUUCUUCUUUUUCUUUUUGAAUGAUUAGCUGUUGUAGUUCGUCCUUUUGUUGAUUAUAUGCAUAGGAUUUCAUUUUGGUGUCCCUCUUGUAUUGUGAUUGCCGGAUACGGUUAUGACAUGUUGGAAUUUGAUCAUGUUCAUGAUUAGAGGGAUUCGGCACAUUAUGAUGAUUUCUUUUUUCUUUAAUUGAUUUCCACUGGCAUGUACAAAACUUUGUUAUUAACAGUUUAUGUCCAAAUUUGUGCUUCCUUGAACA